UUUUGUCGUUUUCCCGUUUUUUUUUUUCUUUUUUUUUUUUUUGAGGGGAGUUUUUUUUUUUUUUUCUUUUUGUUAUUCUAUUGGAUAUAAUUUGUUUCAUUAGUUGGGGGUAAAAUAAGGAUUUUUAGAUUUUUGAUGUCCUAUCCCUUAUAAAAAAUGUAUUAAAACGAAAAAUAUGUAGAUUAAAAAGAAAUCCAAGAUUACAUUCAAUCAUUACUGUAUCUACUCAUCCAUCCCAUUUCCUCCUAUUUCUUUCUCACUUGAUGACAUAACCAAGCUUUCGUGCAAUAUAAAAAAUCGUGUUGUCUCCAGCAUUAUUUCACCAAAUUAUCAUAACUCUCUUUACAUUUUUAUCAACAAAAUCAAACUAAUGACAGCUGCUAUUAAACACGUCGUUUUCCACUCUCUUUUAUAGUUUUAUCUUUCCCUCAAACAAACAACGGAUAUAAACCGUUUCUUCACCAUAUGUGAUAUGUCACCUUCACAAGAAAAAAUAACCCCCUUUUUAUCCAAGUCAAACACUUUACACAACACAAAAUAAAAAUCCACUUCUUCUUCAAUUCAAUUAAUCAAAGUAACUUCCUCCCACUUCAAAACAAAAACCACUUUAUAUAUAAUCACAUUCACGCCAUUUCUACGCAUUUCUUUUCUUUUAAUUUCUCUCUCCUCAAUUCUACGAUUUUCUCUCUCUUCUUUUUUUUCUUUUUUCACGAAUGACGGGUAGAAUCGUGAUUCGAUCAUCACAUAUGGCAUUAAACCGCCGGAAAUCUCCCGGAACCCUAACUCCGGCGGAAACUCCGGCGAGAAAUAUGAGAAAAUCGUGUUCAAACGUCGGAGAAGUCGCCGGAGGAACAGCGGCGAAUUGUGUUGUGGUUUCGUGUUGUUGUCCAUGUGUUUUAAUGGAGUGUUUAAUCUUGGCGGUUUAUAGAGUUCCGACGAUUUUAUGUCGUCGGAUUUUACGGAGGAAGAAACAGAAGAUUAUGAUGAUGAAUGAGAAAAAGAUGAAGAAUAAUAAUAAAAAGGAAGUUGUGGAAUAUGCGAAGGAGGGUGGAUCUAGUGUGGGUGAGGUGUAUAAUAAAGGUUAUGUUGAUGAAGUUUCUGACGUUGAUUUAAAAGAGUUGGAAAUGAUUAAGGUUUCUAUUGAUGGAUCAGCGGUUGAAUUGGAUAAACAAAUGUGGGACCGUUUUCAUAAUACUGGGUUUUGGAGAAGCCCUUCUCAAAGAUAUGAUGAAUUCAUUCAUUGAUCAAUGAUUGAUUACUCCUAUGUUAUCGGACGAAAGUUUGAGCACAUACAAGGUUGGUAGGGUUUCAUCUUAAAACGCAUCAGACCAUCAAUUUAUAUAUUAGUCAUUCUCUUAUAAUAUGAGACAACUUUUCCUAACUCGCAUGUGUGUUAUAAUCUUGACGGAAAUAUUUGGCACAUUGGUAUAUGGUUAUUGUGGGUUGGUGGAUUGGAUGUCGGACUUGAGACACGCCACCUUGUUGACGUAGUUAUUCUUUUGAAAUUAGAGUUAUGGUCACAAAUGGUGUUGAAUUUUUUUGAUGGUUUGUGUGGUAUAGAAGAUGAUGUGAUGAUUGAGUGUGUGCUUACCAUGUUGUAAGGUUAGGCAUAAGCACCACAAUUUGUACAUAAAACUAAAGGUAUAUGAUAAGUGAAAUGAAUAUACAUUUUUUUUUUCGUGUUUGUUA